AACCGAUUUGAUAUACCAUACAACAACAGCAGCAGAAAUCCCAUUCCCUCUACUACUUGCCAACAAUUUCACGUUCUACCUUCGAGGCUUCGACACGGCAUGUAAUCCAACCGGGGAAUCGUUCAUCGGUCCAUUCGAGUGUCUCGCGUCGUACACUCUACUUCAGUGUCUUUAAUUUUAUCAUUAUCUAAUGUUUUUUACAAUAUUUUGUUUAUAAAUUGCGCUUUUAAAUUGUACAAAUUGUUUGGUAAAUUGUGAGCUAUGGUUUUUUAAUUUUUUUAAAUUCAUUUUUGACUAAAAUGACAGUGGUGAUGUAUUGUUGAUAACAAGUUAUACCUGGAAUUCAUUGUGACAGUGAUUAAAGCAAUACACAAGUUGAGCAAUGGCCUUGAGGCUUCGGAGCAGUAAAGAUGUCAAAAAAAGUUCAUAUUAUGUUUGGUAUCUUGGUGCGAGGGAGGCCAAAGGUGUUGAUGCAAUGCCUGGUGCCAUAGCAUAUCUUCUUGAGCGUGAAAGACUUCAAGAACCUUUCAAGGUCACUUUACAGGUUAGCAGUAAAGGUCUCAAGAUAAUACAGACAGUUCAUCCGGGUGCUUCAACAAGGUCUGCCGUUAAACAUCUUGUGCCAGGUCAUGCUGUUCUUGCUGCUGUACAACGGGAGGAUGUUGUUGCAGCAACUCUUCUUCUUCCCAAUCCAGCAACAAAUAAUCCUGUUCAUGUUCACGCCUACAGAUGUGAUUCGGUUGAGACUGCUGAGCUUUUGGGUGGUCAAUUAAAAGCUCUUGCUUCACAUUCGGAUAAUUCAAUUAAAAUUAAUUCAACUGAUAAUAGAGUUCGAAGUAAUUUAGGUAGUGAUGGAAGAAGUACAAGAGAAUCAGAAUCGUCUGAGGGAAGUGGUGAACAUCGUCAUGUACCAGCACAAUCAUCAACAAUUUACGAGUCUCUUGCUGCUGAAUUGCGAGCAAAAUUAGGACGUGGUAAUUCUGGUGAUAAUGAUGUUGGCCCAAUAUUAUUACCACCACGUGAUUAUGACACUGUUCAUAGGCAUCGUGGUAACCUUGCUGGUAUUGAAUUUCGACGUUGUUUAAAUCAAACAAUUGUUGGUAACAAUACAAACGAUCGUGGUACCGGAACAAGAAGUGCAGCAAGUAGUGGAAUUGGUUCUGAUAGUGCAGCAACACCACCACCAUAUCAAUCACAUCAUCAACUUGGUUCUAGACCAUCAAGACCAUCAAGAGACACCUCAUCAGAUGAAGAUUGGGGUGGUAUUACUGAAGAAAAUGAAUAUUUACAAGAACAAACGACAAAUGUAACACUUCCAAGACUUCCAAGAAGUCCAGAGAGACCAAUAAUUGGUCGUGGUGUAUCACCAAGUUCUCAUAAUAGAAUAAAAAGAUCUGCUGAACUUCGUCAGCGAUCACCAAGCCCUCAUUAUCAACCUAAAAUUGAUCCAAUUGAAGUUACAAGUCCACGUGAAAGAUUUCAAGAUGCUAAAGAAAUGUUCAAAGCAAUGGAACGCGAAAAUUUAACGAGACCAACAAUCAUUGUUAGAGCCAGGGAAAUUAAUGAUAAUCAUGGAAUUCACAGGCUUGAAUCAAAACAGGUGUCUUCAUCAGCACCUGGACAUCAUGAACACAUGAGACGUAGUCAUUCUGAAAUGGAAAGAGAAAAAGAUCGUGAGAAAAAUGAUUAUCGAAAUCGGCCGAAAGUCAGAGGUCAGCAUUAUUCACUGGAGAGACUUACUGAAGCUGAGGUAUCUUCUAGACCUCGGCCAAGAAGUUUUUAUGAGAAUCAAACAUCAGGAAGAGAUUCAAGAGAUCAACGACAUCCUGUGGAAUCAAGAGAUAAUCGAGAUAUUAGAGAUAGACACUCUCGUGAUGUUAGAGAUAAACAACGUACCCGUCCAAUUAUUUAUCAGGAUAUUCCAAAACACGAGAGAUAUUUGGAACGUGAAAAUUCACGUGAAAUUAUGCCGACACCAAGUCGUUAUCGUCACAGUUAUGCUGAACCACCAAGACUUGGUCUUGCUGCUCUUGAUCCAUAUUAAAUAAAUCAAUAAAUAAACAAUUUAUCAUAAAUUAUAUAAUGACUAAAUAAAAAAUAGAAAAUUAUAAAUUUAUUUUCAUGAUAAUCAAUAUUUAGAAAUUGACUAAAAAAAUAAUCUAGUUAUCUAAAUGAUAUAUCUUUUUAAAAAUGACAAAUUUUUUGUAAUUAUUAGACUUUUUUUUAUGUAAUAAUUGUUUUUAUUGACAAUUAUUAUUUCUUUUGUUGGAAAAACAAUAUAAUUUCUAUUUUUUUAUUUAAUUUUUGUCUAAUAAAUUAACAAAAUUGUUGAAAUUAAAAUUUAAAAUUCAACAAAAUAAAUUAAUUUUACUGUUGAGUUUUAUUUAAAUUAACCCUGGUAGAAAAACUCCGUCGGCCCGACGUUGGCUCGACUUAUUGGCCGCGCUGAAAAAUUUCUACCAGGGAAAUAUCGAAAUUUUAUUCCAAAAAAAUUAUAUAUUUUUUGAAAAUGAUACAAAUAUAUUUUUGUCUGUUGAGAUUAUUCAAUUAUUUAAUUUUAAGAUUUAUAUUUUUUUCUUACUCAAUAAAACGUGAUGAAGACUUGUAUUUUUUUUUUUUUUUAAUUUUUUUAUUAUUAAAACUUUUGAUGUAAUAUGUUUUUUUUUUUUGAUAAAAUAAAAAUACGUCAUCAUGAAAAUAAUUAUGUAAAAAAACAAAUUAUAUUUUAAUUGUUAAAAGUGCGAUUAAAUUUGCAACAACAAUAAUCAUAGGUCUUCCAACUGAAUUUAAUUAAAAAAUGUUUAUAACAUUUAUCGCUCAAAUUAUUCUUGAUAAUUGUUGUUAUAUCAUUGAAAAUAAUUGUAAGAUAAAAUCUGUAUUUUAAUAUAAUGAAAUUUAAAAUAAUCUAUAAUUAAAUAUUGCCAAGUAAAUAAAUGUAAUUUUAAAACAAGAAAAUACAAACAAUUGAUGAUUCAAUUGACAUUUAUAAUUUUAAAAAAAAUAUAUAUAUUCCCAGCAGUUGUGUAAAUUGAAAAUUUAUUAUUCAUGGUGAUGCGUUUAAACAAACAAAUAAAUAAAUAAAUAAAUGAAAAUAAACCACACCCUGAAGCUGCAUAACACAAGUGAUUAUCUUCCUUACUUUCUCGUCAAUUAAUUUGCAACAAAUCAUUCAAGGUUGCCAAGUAUUUUUCACAAUUUCCAGUUUAAAAAAUCGAAAGCAAUUUAGUGUAUAUUUAAUCAAAUCUUACAAUUAAUCUAUAGCUAUAUAAAAAUUAAUUAUUAAAGCUAAAACCUUGAUAAUUUUAAUUAAUAAAAUAAUUUUAAUUGUUUGCAAUAUUUUAAGAUUUUUAAUAAUUUUUUAGAUCAAUCUGUUGCCACAAAUAAUUAAAUAAUUUGUAAAAUUAAAUUAAUAUCUAAAUUUAUCCAGAGAGGAUUUUAAUUUUUAAUCAAUAAUUUUUGCUAUAAAUUUGUAAAUAUAUAUAUUAUUUUAAAUUGCAUUAAUAAAUAUUGUUUAAAUUAAA